AUGAACUCGAAGACGAAGCCAGUAAGUUCUCCAAUGGCCCCAUAUUUCAAGCUCAGUGCAUUGCAGUCUCCUAAAAGUGAUGAAGAGCGGGACUAUAUGAAAAAUGUCCCGUAUGCAAGUAUUGUGGGAAACUUAAUGUAUGCCAUGAUUCUACGGUACAUUCUAGGGACCAUAGAUCUUGGUUUGAAGUUCGAGAAGAGUGAAGAUAGUCUAGUAACUGGAUAUGUUGACUCAGACUAUGCUGGUGAUCUUGACAAACGACGAUUGACAAUUGGAUAUGUGUUCGCUAUGGCUGGAGGACCAGUUAGUUGGCGAUCUAAUUUGCAAUCUACAAUUGCACUAUCCUCAACAGAGACUGAAUACAUGGCUGUGACAGAAGCUGUGAAAGAAGUCAUUUGGUUACAGAGACUGGUAACAGAUUUGGGCUUUAAACAGUAA